AUGAACAAUCUGCCCCGGUAUAUACAUGCUGGACAAGCUCCCAACUCAGACCAUAUCACCGUUCUCAUCAAAGGCUUGCAGAAAGUGUUUCCAAAAAGCCAUAAGCCUGGGAAAAAAUACCAGGAGUUGCUUCGGCUACAUAAAGAUACCCCAAUAGCCGAAAUAUGGAACGAGUUAUGUUCUUUGGGGUAUUCCAAGCCGCUGGAACUCAAACGAAAUAACACUAAGCGCUGGUGUAAAUCUGACAUGAUCACACACUUUAAGCCGUAUCAGACAGUAGAGGUGGUUUCGGAUGAAUCGCUCUCUAGCGAAAGCCAUAUAUUCAUAGAUGAGCCUCUUAUUGCUAAUGCUAACCGCCAGGUCAAGCUCGACUUCGUGAUAGAUAAAGGUAUCAACCAGCCCAAUCAGGAUGUGCUCCAUAUUGGUGAAGCUCUGUCCGUCAAAUUUCAUCGUACGCUUCGUAUGCCAGAUGAUGAUAAAUUGCAUCAUUUGCCCGCAUCUCUGGGGCCAUUUCCCCUGUAUAGCGUGAGUGAAUAUGCAGAGCGCUUACCGGCUAAGAUUGUCAAUAAGGGGGGUGUUUUCCUGCCUAUGUUUCAACGGGAGGCGAUGUGGAUGGACUUUGAUACGUUGUAUCCUCAGAAAUUUGCCCUCAGAGUUUUUGUUGGCAAAGUGAACGCCAUUUCAGGGAAGCAUAUGGACGAGACGAAUGAUGCGAAGGAGCCGGUUCAAGACUAUAUCGUUGUCCCCGGACAGAAGUGGCUGGAUGGGAUUUGCACCUCCCCCGGGGUGGUGAAGCAAUUUGUUGCAAUGCCUUUGGGCUCUGGAUACACUGUCGAGAGCCAGAAAACUGGCGAAGACAGACACGGCGGCCUUCAAAUCGAAGUUAUUCCAGCUUACAGGACAGGGUUAAGGAAGUGGUAUUUCGACGAAAAUCAGAGGGUAGACGAAUUUUUUUUCGAUGACGGACCCUUUCUCGAUGAGCAAAGAACGCCAGCUGAACUCGGUUUCAAGCCAGGUGAUAAAAUCCGCUCCUACCCAGCAGAUCCGAUAUAUCAUACACCAACUACAGUCCAGGAGAUGGCAAAGGGCACUGUGGGCGCUAAGAUAUCUGUUACUGCAUAUUACGGCAUGAUGCUUGCUUCUGCUAGUCGACGCGAGAUCCUCAGAAAUCUACAAUCAGACGAAGGGCUAAGUUGUACAGUAUACGGCCUACCGCCAUCCGCAGAUUCGCUCUUAUGGGGACGGCCUACUUAUGAGGAGCAUGGUAUGGGUGAGCUGGCCGUACAGAUGGAAGAUUUACUAGAUUUAUCAAAGGCCCGAGAGGUAACGCCCGAACAGCAGAACGUGGCCGCCAUGGGGUUGGCUGCUGGCGGAAAGCUCAUUCAGGAUAUAUAUCGCGAUAGCAACCCCUCGACGAUCUGGAAUACAAGCGCUGCUCAGAUUGUGAACGUGCACUUCCUCGACCCGUUCAGCUGCGAGAAAGUCACGCAUAUAGUGCCUCCACCUCCACCAGUAGAUGGAGCUGAGUAUAUCAAGAAAGGAUUACCAUUCUUCGUGGUUGACGAACAGGUAGACAAUCGUGUCGAUGGUGGAGACUUCAACGACGUCAAGUCCAUCAGUACCAUCAAUGCUGAGAAGGGCAUCACGGCAGAGCCAUCCUUUGAUCCUAACAAGCCUACGAUUAUCCGACCCUGCGAUCAUCAGUUCUGUAACAUAUGCAUCAAGAAGCUUGAGAUUUCGCGUUCGUCGGGAGAUGAAGGCGACAGUUGUUGGAAGUGUCCAAGAUGUGGGUGUGACGUUGCUCAUGUUGCUGGAUUUGCCGCGCCAAUGAACCUCCCAGGAGAAGAGUCACUCAAAGCGAAAGUGCCGGUUCAUGUUCUGAAGGUAGAAGACGGACGAGCUCAAUUCCAAUCCAUUCGGAGGAUGAGGGUUUAG